GACACAGGCUGGAACAGCAUCUGCCUCUCCCUCUCUGUUUUUCAAGCAUCAUCUCCCUCACUCUCCCGCUCACUCUCUCCCACUCUGUGUGUCUUUUUCCGUCUCAGGAGCAGACAGUCAGUGGAGCAUCGGCACGGCAACGGAGCGACACAGGACUGACGGCAGACGGAAGGGGAGACGGAGGCAGCCAGCCUCGGCAGCAGCUACAUCAGCAACAUUAACAACAGCAACUUAACAAUUACAUUAUUUUAAGCAGAAGCAACAGAUUGCUUACAAUUGUUGCUCUAACUGAUGCUCUCCUGGUUGACCACGCUUCAGAAAAACGAAUUUUGCAGCUGACGUCUUCCUGGGAUUUGAAGGUCUGUUUACCUCUGUGUGGCAAAUCUGUGUUGGCUUCAUCAAAGCAGAAGGAAAUGACAAGUGACAGAGGGAAAAGGCUCUGAUUUCGACAGGAAAACAGCACGUUUCACACUGGGCGUCAACACCAGCCUCUCCUCCUCCUUUGCUCUUUCCCUUCCUUCGCUCCUUCCUUCGCUGGGAUCUGAAGAAGACCAGGCGUCCGAGCUGUGAAUGCACAAGCAGGAGAAGGAUGUUAGACUGACACACAAAGUGCAGAGUUCACCCACUUCCACCAAAUAAAACAAAAAAGCCGAGAUUUGGUCUACGUUGGUUUGACGGAUCCUAGUGUUUGCAGAGUGAAGAAGAUCUACCACCAAGUCCAGCAGAAAACCUCCUGGAAUUCUGAGGAUAGUACUGGGAUCAGUGGGAUGAGGAUGAUCCUGAGACUGGAGGCAAUACAAGGAUUUAAAAACUGAAGGAGUGAUGACAGGAAGUGACGGGUAUAUGUCAGCAACACAUCUGUAGAUAGAUGUGGAGCUAAAGAAUCAUUUGUGAAUUGAAAGUGAACCAGCUGAGACUUCAAACGUGUUAUUUUGGGAUGAUUUUGCUCCAUUUGCUUUAAUAUACAAACAAAAACCAACUUCAGAAUCUUCCUACUUCAACUUUUCUAAAAGGUCACUUUUACACCGAUUCCCUUCGGUGUGAGUGUCUUGUGUUCCUUUGUGGACUCGUGUUUUUGGGGUGAGGUGGAUCUGCCGUGGGGGGCAGCUGACAGCCAUCCAAGACGCCGCGAGCCGUACUCCGCGUGAAGAAUGCCCAGCCGCGCUUGGCCAAGCCGGCCGACCCGGGCCCGACAGCGGGCCUGUACAUGGAACGAUCACAGAGCCGCAUCAGUCUAUCGGCGUCCUUCGAGGCCCUGGCCAUCUACUUCCCCUGCAUGAACUCCUUCGAUGAGGACGAUGGAGUGGAUACGGACGGCAGGAAGCUGAAGGGCAUCCAGCGGAGCACAGAGACGGGUCUGGCCGUAGAGAUGCCCAGUCGGACGGUCCGUCAGGCCAGUCAUGAGUCCAUCGAGGACAGUAUGAACAGCUACGGCUCCGAGGGCAAUCUGAAUUACAGUGGCAUGUGUCUGGCGUCCGAUGCCCAGUUCAGUGACUUCCUGGAUGGAAUGGGACCGGCCCAGUUCGUUGGACGGCAGACGUUAGCCACAACAUCCAUGGGUGAUGUGGAAAUUGGUCUAAUGGAGAGGAACGGGGGUUUGGAGGUGGAGGUGGUCCAGGCCAGAGGACUCACCAUGAAACCUGGUUCUAAGGGACCUCCAGCGGCCUAUAUUAAAGUUUACCUCCUGGAGAACGGAGUCUGUGUGGCCAAGAAGAAGACCAAGUCAGUGAGGAAGUCUUUGGAUCCUCUGUACAACCAGGUCCUGGUCUUCACUGAGAGUCCACAGGGGAAAGUAGUCCAGGUGAUUGUUUGGGGAAACUAUGGCCGCAUGGACCGCAAAUGCUUUAUGGGCGUGGCUCGAAUCCUACUGGAGGAGCUGGACCUGAGCAGCAUGGUGAUCGGCUGGUACAAGCUGUUCCCUACCUCCUCCAUGGUGGACCCGACCAUGGCGCCGCUCAUCCGUCACUCCUCUCAGAUGUCCCUGGAGAGCACCAUCGGCCCCUGCUGUGAGCGAUCCUAAAACUCAGCUUAAAGUUCAGACUCUGAUUGUCUUGCUGUCUUAGCUUCAUCCUAGGACGCGACGCUUUAUUUCCUGUAGUCCUGCGCCCUGGAGCGGGUAGGUUUGAAGGAUCUGAUAUAAGGUACUUCAGCAGGUUUAACCACACUGGAAAAUCACUCUACGGUCCAGUUUGAUCUCCUACAAUUACUGGAAAUGAUUGUUUUUUUGAUCAUGUGUCUGCUGAUGGGAUGCUACUCUCUUUUUGCAACGGACCACCAAUCUGACUCACAGGACCACAUAGCUCUGUUGAGAUCUUGUUUAUGAAAAAAAAAAACCUGCUUCAUAAUCCACUUCUAAGGAGGGCUAGGCUACAUCCAUCAAACUCUACUGGGACCACGGCUCAGCUUUGCUUCAGCUGUGCAUCUAGUUCACAGCCUACAUUCAGUUUCCAUUCCCAGGACUCACCUGUCAUCGGUCUGUGUCCCCAUUAAGAGGCUGGACAGACCUGUAAGUGUUCCAGUCUUUUCACCAGUCUGGAGACAGUGCCACUACCCUUCGAUUGUCUGAGACACCAGCCUCUUAUUGUGCAGGAGCAUCAGGACCUGGAUCUGAGCCCAGCAGGACAACAGAGGACUGAGAUAGACCCUUUAUCGUAACCAGCCCAGAGGUCUGGGUUCAUGAACACUUUGACUUGAGCCGUUUUUGUUUGUUUCUUUUUGUCUCUCAUGUUUUGCCCUUCAUUCUUUACAGAUAAUGUGUGUGUAUGUGAGUGUAAUAGAUAUAAAAACCAAUGGCUACUUCAAGUGCAGGACCAUCAGUACGGCUGGUUUUCAGCUCAUACCAGGUACUUCCCAGGUUUCAAUCAGAGACUUUACGAACUUCAGUUUUUCCAAAGACCGUGUGCCAUUAUGAUCCAGAAGUCUGUACAUUUACAUCCAGUAUUAUUGAACAGUCUGUGACCAGAUGCCGCUCUGUGGGUCUUAAAGGCACGUGGUAUCAAAGUGAUCGGAGGCAUCAUUUACACCUGGUUGUUUCUUUAAUCUUAAGAUUAAAAAGAUAACUGGCUCUGUACAAACCCAUCAAUGAUGUAUUCUCAAAUAGGGUAGAUGAUCAGUACAUUUCUUGUAAAAUAAUGGAUUUUAUGCAUGGAAUAUAUUGUUUUAAAAUGAGAAGCAGCUAACCGUGAUGCAUGUGGUUAGUUUAUGGUAAUCUCAUGACCCUGUUACUUGGAAAUAACAUUCAUGUGCAAUUAAAAUGCAGAAGCUAUUACAGACAUAAUCAGCGGUAGAUUAUGUGAUUUGCAAUGACGUAAGGCAUAACCAAAUGUUGGACAAAGGUUGGUUGAGGAUUAUGGUGAACUUUUACACCAAAAUUUACAACAGGUUACGCAAAAACAAAUGAAGUAUGAUGAGGGUGUGAUUAAACCAACAUAUUCGUCUAACCAAGGGAUGCCAGUUUCAGAAAACGGAAUCUGCAGGUCCUUAAAAAGUCUUUUUAAAACUCCUUAAAAAACUAACUAAGGCUACAUUCAGACUGCAGGCAAAUGUGGCCCAAAUCCCAUUUUUUUGCCCUUAUGUAACCUGU